CUCCCCGUUCUAACGAAAAUUCGUGCAGAACCCCAUUUUUUUGUGGCUCGAGUCCCCCCCUCCCUCCCUUCCGUCGAGGUUGCCUUUAAGCGGACAUUACUCCGACACGUUGGCGGAGCGAGGCUGGCUUUCCGACAAGGCGCCGUUUCAAGUCUCGUCCCGGAGAGCUUUCAAGUUGGCGAAUGGAUGCUCGACAGACAGCCACGACUAAUACGCCGCCGAACGUGACGGGUUUCAACACUUUCUGCGUUUUUUGAGGAUAUAUAUACUCACGCGGCGGGUGGGGGGGUAUUUUUUGUUUUUUAAUCCCCCCACCAACAGGAGUUUGUUUGGAAAGAAGAUGGCUUAUUUUGUGUCUUGGUCGGAUUUUACUUCCAGGGAGGAGAAGGCGAAACUGUCAUUCUUCCUCCUCGCGAUUUAACAGCUAAGGCUAGCUCUUGUUCUUUAAUUUCCUUUCUUUUUUUCCACCAAGGGGAGCAUUCUUACGCUUUUUUUUUUUUUAUUUACAUUUUUUUUUUUUUUUUUUUUAAUUAAACCGAGCACCCCCACCCUAAAUAAACACCAAACGAAAACACAACACGGCUCGGUUGUACGCAUGUGGAGGAAAAUGGUGACUUUUGUGCAAUUUUGUCCCGCCGUCACAGCGCCGUCGAUGCUAGUGCUAGGACUCGGAUCCCCGUGAGGAAGAAAAUGAGUGAAGAUUCAACAAAUCCAAAUAACGAUGACAGUUAUGCGCGUGUGAGAGCAGUGGUCAUGACGCGGGAUGACUCCAGCGGCGGAUGGCUUCCCCUGGGCGGUGGCGGCCUCAGCUGCGUUACCGUCCACAAGGUCAGCCAGGCGGAGGACAGUGGCAGCACCCACAGCGGCAGCACCCGAGGAAGCACUGGCAACCUCAGCCCUUGUAGCCCCAGUCCGACGCCCAGCCCCAGCCCCAGCCCCAGUCCCAGUCCCACCGCAGUGGAGUUCUACAUAAAGGGGGAGCGGCUGAAAGACAAACUGGUGGUGCUGGAGUGCGUCCUGCAGGAGGGCCUCGUGUACAACAAGGUCAACCCCAUCUUCCACCACUGGAGGAUCAAUGACAAAAAGUUCGGGCUGACCUUCCAGAGCCCCGCCGACGCUCGCGCCUUCGAUCGAGGCAUACGUAGGGCUAUUGAGGACAUCAGCCAAGGCUGUCGGCCAUUUGGCGAAGGGGAUACUCCUGAGGACGGGCUACCAGCUUGUGAGGAGCCUCCCUCCAUCUGUACGCCCAGGAAGGAGCCCUUCUCCCCCCUGAACAAUGUGGUGUCCACCGAGCCCUUCAGGGGCUGCUAUGUACGCGCUCAGCCCUUUGACGAUUUCCCCUCCAGCAACCGACGAUACCUGCCACCACAGGUUUCAUUCAAGUCCACCCGCCACGUCAGCUUUCACAUGGACGAGGAGGAGAUCGUUCGAAUCAACCCGCGCAAGGACGUGCUCAUCCGUGGCUAUGAGGACUACCGCCACCCGGUCAUGUGGAAACAGGAGGCGGAGCGCGAGGACCUGGACUUCCCGGCCACCUUCCACAAACUGGACAGUAAGAAGUGCGAGUACCUCUUCCCCGACGGCGCCGGCGGGGACCCCCACUCGGGCCCCGGUCUGGGCAAGGACACGGCCAUCAAGACUCAGCCCUCGCCGCUGCUCAAGUCCAAGAAGGGGCGGCGGCGGCGGGAGGACGGUGAGCGCUCGCGCUGCAUCUACUGCCGUGAGAUGUUCAACCACGAGGACAAUUGGCGGGGGCAGUGCCAAGAUGCCCCCGACCCCAUCAAGCAGUGCAUCUACAAAGUCAGCUGCAUGCUGUGCGCUGAGAGUAUGCUCUAUCACUGCAUGUCCGACUCGGAGGGCGACUUCUCGGACCCAUGCUCGUGCGACACGUCCGACGAGCAGUUCUGCCUGCGCUGGCUCGCCCUGGUGGCGCUCUCUUUCAUCGCGCCCUGCAUGUGCUGCUACCUGCCGCUGCGCGCCUGCCACCACUGCGGCGAGGCGUGCCGCUGCUGCGGGGGCAAGCACAAGGCAGCCGGGUGACCCUGUGCCGCCCCUCUGGGGCACCCUCAAAGCUAGCUAACACAGGAAGCGGAUCAAUUCAACGCCGGCAUCCUUUUUUUCCACCCCCUGCCCAUUCUCUCGGACAGGGCGGUGUUGUUGAACGCCAGCUCUUGAGGGCUUUUGGAGAUUUCAGUUUGCGUUUGUCGCCGACGAGCUGCAGAGGAGGACAAACUUAAGCAUUGCGUCGAGCUAAGUCCGGACGAGGAAACGAGGACACUGAGAUUACUAGACUUGGAGAUGUUACUAAAUGCACCACAUUCUCUCACACACACACACACACACACACACACACUCACACACACACACACACACACACACACACGCACACACACACACGCACACACACACGUACACACACAUGCGUCUAACUAUGAAGGAAACUUGUCUUUUUGUACAGAGACAACAACAAAACUAUUCAGAAAAAUAACUUGCUGUUUGAGUAUGCUAAAAGGGAUACAUACGUUCUUAUGCUUAUUUUCUGUGACGUUCCAGUCGGGUAACAGUGGCCUUUCCUUCCCUUCAUGACAGUGUAAUUAUUAGACAGAAAAAAACGUGCACUAGACAUGACGUCACCCCUUCCCCAUUUUACCCAUUGAGUGUCAUUUAAACAUCAGUGUGAUGCAUACAUGGCCACUUUAUUCCCUCGGGCAACGGCCUCACAUUGACCAUUUUGAUUGCAUUCCAAAAUAAAGGGACUCAAUCCAUUUGUCAGAAGGGAAAAUGGUAACUUUUUACCAUGCCGACUUUCCCUCAAAACGCUCCAAAAUGCCGUGGAAGAUGACAUCUUUACAAAUUUGAAAGCCCACCUAUUUACGACAUUAAAUUUAUUUUAUUUAUUUUAUUUUAUUUUUUUGAAUCACCCCCCCCAUUUUCCUGUUAACGUUCUGAUUCAAAGCUGAAAUUUUGCUCAACCAGCAAGUUUUGUUUCGGUGAGUGAGGGCUGGCGGUGCUCCUAUUUUUUUUAAUUUUUUUUUAAGAAAACAACCAGGCACUUAAAAUGAGGCUUAUUCUUUGAGGCACCCUUCUAUGAUUAUGGAAUUAGUCUGAAUAAAAGCACUGCUCUCCGAGCUUUAGGUUGCAGCACCUCUCCACCUCUAAAAAGUCCUGUGUUUGUCCCACAAUUUUUUUUUUUUUGUAUUUUUAAUUUUGUUCUCCUUUGUCCCCUCCUCAUGUCACCAGUCCACUCCUUCAUGUGUCUUCGUUUUAAUAAGCCCUGGAUGAAUGAGCGCAUUGUUUCAGGAAUGUUGAGUAUCUCAGCUACUAAGUACAUACAGAUGGUGUGUGCGUGUGUGUGCACGUAUGCGUGCGCACGGAGGCCUUCACAUGCACUGGUAACAUCCUGACUGACGACUCUUUCGACAAAUGCGUUACAAGAAUAUUUGAUCUUUGAGAGACUCCAGACUUCUCUCUCUGCAGCUAGCAAGUUAUUAGCAUUCAGAAUAAUCUACAUGAAAAGUGUGAGAUGGUUAAGAAAAAAAAAAAAAGGCAAUUUCCUGUGACACAGUACAGUUGGUGCUGGUGUCUUAUUGGAGCUCAAUAUACCAGCAAAAGACUUCUGGCAACAGGAAGCAUGAAUUUGUAUUUAUUUUUUUAAACAAGUUUUUGCGCGGAUGAAAGACUCAAACACAUCCAGUAUGACCGUAAUAAAAAUAAAUGAACUGAAGACCUGUCAUAUUGCAGGGGGUCCUUGGUUUACGAAGGAGUUCUGUUCUUAUGGUGACAAAAUAACCCAAAUUCAUAUGCGCAUAGUAUAUCACUUUUUUAAAAGUGUACUCUAUCAAUAAUUACGCUAGCGCAUUAGUAAGUGAAAUACACUUCUAGGCCAUGUAUAUAAAGCAUCCCUUCUCUUAGCCAAUCAAAUGAAAAACAAGUAGGGCAGUAACUGUGUUUUCUUGUAAUGCAUGACCACAAAUUCUUACGCUGAGCAGCAACUAGUUCACUGCACGUCGCCUGUAACCUCAAAACCCUGCAUGUUGGCGAGGCUGCCGUAAACUGAGGACCCCUUCAAAUCCAGUUUUGUGCUGCAUUCGAAACUAGUGGGAAAUCUGAAGUAAUCCGACCUCCAUGUAUUGCAGUCAAACGUAAACAGAAAAAAAGCAUGACUGACCAGUGACCACCAUGAUAAGCUAAUAUUUGCUUUGUUUGCCAACCAUGUUUUUUUUUGUUUGUUUGCUUAUUUUUUAAUUGGCUGAAAAGCUUCAUACGGAGGUAAUCUAGCGAUACAUCUACUUGGCAAUAUCCACAUAUAGCUUAUACAGCUCUGGAAAAAAUUAGGAAAUCUCUGCAAAAUUGUCUGAUUUUGCCAUUUAUAGGUAUGGAAGUAAAACAAUUUUUUUUUCUUUAUUGACAACAUAAACCACAUAUUUGAAAUAAAAAUAUUGUCAUUUAAAGCAUUGAUUUGCAGAAAACGAAAAAUCAUCACACUACCAAAAAACCUUUUUUGCUUAGUUUUUUUUUUUAAAUCUUGAUUUUUCUCCAGGCCUGUAUAUUUCAUUUGACGUUUUACAUUCAUAGGGAUUAUUGCAUGAUGACGGAUUUGUACGUCAAUUUAGCCAUUUUAGUAGAAGUGUUGGCGCUGUAAUGGGCGGGAACGACACCUGUUGUGUUCAAAAUUCGUAUUUUAUACGACAACAGACGUUUGAAAGCGUGAAGGGUUCCGCGUAGAAGGCAAAGACGGAUGACUUCCGCAUCGUGUUCCACCUCUUGACGUGCCAAUUUUGCUGGAUCAGCGUGUGAAAGAGUUUUCAGAUUCUCUGAUAAAGUUGCUGCGAUUGGCUGGCAACCAGUUCAGGGUCUAAACCGCCUCCUGCCCGAUGAUAGCUGAGAUAGGCUCCAGCACUCCCGCGACCCUUGUGAGGAUAAGUGGCUCAGAAAAUGGAUGGAUGGAUGAUAAAGUUGCCAGAAUUCACGAUCAAUGAAGUAUCUUUCCAUAGACACUCGCAACUUCUCUAAGUGUAGUCUUCUUUAGACAGCAAACUGGUUAGUGAUUGCAGCCAAGUAAUGGACUCAAUUUUACCGCCAUUGCUUUCAACGUGCGAUGAAUCAACAAUCAAUUCAAGUCCAGGUGAAUUCUUAGCAAUCCAUCGCCUUUUUUUAUUUUAUUUUUUUUAUGUGGUGGACAAAAACACUACGUUUAGCACAAACCGUAACAAUUUGGAAGUCUUUUGAUUUUCAGAUCCCUUUAUUUUUAAUCUUUCUAUGCAAACUUUCUGACACAGGACACACUCUUAAGACUGACAGGACACUUGUUUCUUUUAAGACCCUCGUAAGUGGUAGAACUAGUAGAUGAGCCUCCUCCCCUUUUGGUACCAAACACCUGUAAAUACGUAACACUGUAUUUAAGUACUGAUAAUAAUAAUAAUAACUUUGGCUUGUGUUGUCUUUGAGGUUGUCUUCUUUUUAAAGAUAGAACUGUAUUUAUCGUGGCUGUCAGCAUUAUUUACAGUAGCUUCUAUUGACAGCAUAAGUGUAUACAUAGGUCCACCUUUUGUAGUAUUAUUUCACAUUGAAAAGUAGAGGGCAUUUGCAUCCGGUCAGGGGGUAAACAAAACAUAAAAUGACUAUUGAGCUUCGAAUAAAAGUUUCUCAUUAGUUUUUUACAGUAGAUGGAAGGAUAGCGCUAACAUGGUACAGGAGUAGCACUCCAUUCCCUUUGGAAAUUUUAUAUAUGAAUAUAAAUAUAUACAGUAUAUAUGUAUCUAUAAAGACAUGAAUUUAAGGCUGCUAGAUACAAUCACUAAUUUUAUUGUGCUGACAGAGAAAAUUAGCUAUGAAUGACUGUUAAACCCUAAUUCUCCAACAGCAUUAAGCGUUCUUGUUUUUUAGUUGUGUGCAAUGUGUGUGUAUGUGUUCUGGGUGAGUGUGUGUUUGGGUCUGUGUUUCCUGAUGUGGAGCUGAACCAAGGUUGGAUGAAGCUGAUUAAAAACUUGCUGGCUGACAAAAUGUAGGAUGUGCUUUUUUUUUUAAAUAUACAUAGGAAAUGAAAAAACAUAACACCUUUGUCAUUCUGCAUUAACCAGCACAGUGCAACUUCCUGUCAUGUACUGUAUUAUAUACAUGCAACAUGUCUGUCCUUCAGUUUUAACCACUUUUGCUGCUAGUCUUUUUCUCCUUUCGAUCUCAUAAAAAACUUGUGCAUAAUGUUGGAAUGCAUACAAAUGUACAUUGUGUAGAAUGAUUACAAAAAAGCUAUACACACACAAUGCAUGUGUGUAUAUAAAUGUAUAUAUAAUAUAUAUAUAAUGUGUGUGUGUGUAUAUAUGUGUGCAUGUCUAUAUGUGUGUAUAUACAUAUAUACACACACACAUAUAUAUAUAUACGUGUGUGUGUGUAUAUAUAUAUAUAUAUAUGUGUGUGUGUGUGUGUGUAUAUAUAUAUGUAUCUAAGUAUGUGUGUAUAUGUAUGUGUAUAUAUAUAUAUAUAUAUAUAUAUAUAUAUAUAUAUAUAUAUAUAUACCUAUG